GCCGCUUCCAGUUCGUGCGCACGGAUCAAGGAGCGCCAGUAGAGAGGGGGGCGGCGCGCAGAGAGAGAGAGUCCUUCGGGAAGAGCUGGGCUUCAGCCUCGUCGGCCGUGGCAGAAAUCACCAAUUUCGCAAAACCCAUCGACAACUAUCCCUCUUGAAUCCCGAAGUACACCGGCAAUUGCGCCUCCCGGCUCACCCUCGACGACAGGCCCACCGACAUUCAGCUUAAAGGCGGCAACGGGCAGGUUCGAUUUCCUUCUCUCUCCUCUUCGAAUUUUCCGUUGGGUUCCACCGGAGACGGGUGCGUUCCGUGAUUUCCAUAUCUCCCACAAGACACGAGCCAUAAUCUCCCAGUGACUGAGAGCAAGGUAGGAGCACCAGGAGGAGACCAAGUCCAUGCAGUGCAUAUUAGAGGACCACAUCAUGGGUGAAACCAGCAUGUGCAAGGAGUGCUACGAGGAGGCGAGUGAGACCGUGGAAGAGCUCAAGCGAGAGAUCCAGGAUUUGAAGGCCGAGGUCGCCUUCUUGAGAUCAUGCUCGCCGACUGACCACCACCACCACCUCAAUGGUCACUCCCAUGGCCCUGAGUUCACUGAUGUCAUCUUGGUCACCGCUGUGGAUGGUCCCAACGGAGGCCUGUCAAUGCCAGUGCCAGCUCACAAGACCAUUCUGGCUAGCCAGUCCCCAGUAUUUAAAGCAAUGCUCGAGAAUGAGAUGGAAGAAAGCCGAAGCGGCACCAUUAAUAUAAAUGAUGCAUCGUAUGAUGCCCUCCGAGCAUUUGUCCACUGUCUUUCUGUUGAAGCAUUGCUUGAUGAGCAAAUGGCUUAUGAGCUUUUAGUAUUGGCUGAAAAGUACCAAGUGGAGCACCUCAAAGCUUAUUGUGAGAUGAUCUUGAUAUCCAAAUUAAAUUGGGAUAACUCGAUCAUAAACUAUUCCUUUGCGCACCAGCACAAUGCGAAGCAUCUCCUUGAGGCUGCCUUGUCCUUAAUCAUGGUCAACAUGGAUAAACUAGGAAAACACUCUAAAUAUUCAGAACUCGGUGAAAAGGACGCAGGCCUUGUGAUGGAUAUAUACGAAGCAUUUUUUGGAAAGCUGUUUAAUUGGAACGACAAAUAAAAUUGGGAUGCAAUUUGAAGUGUUAGAUUCAAAGUGAGCUUUUAGUGAAGCAAAGUGCGCAUGCAAUGUCACGACAGCCGCUUAGUCUUACUCAAUAAAUGCUUGACGGUGUAAUAAUGGCUUUUAUAGGUUCUAAUAUGCUUUCUCUUUUAUAAGAAUGUACUAUCUAUGCUGAAAUUGGUCAUGAUAUUCAUCUAUAUUAUGAUUUAGGUGAAAUUUGAGCACCGUUCAGGAAUUUUUAGACAAACCAAAUGCUUGUGGAUAAGAGAGACUAUAGGCAGUUUAGGGUUUUUACAUUUGGGGUUAUCAAACUUUUUUCUUAUUUUCAUGUAGGGUGUAUUGCAAUUUGAUUUUUUUCAAACAUAUCACUAAAU